GACCCUGCGGAUUGGUUGGCAGUCCGGAGUUGCCUAGGUGUGGAGGGCGUGUGGAUGGCGUGAUAGGUGCUGGUCACAUACCUACCGAGCGGAGAGAGUUGAGAUGGAGGGAGAGAAAGUAAAAUAAAUGAAUCAACUACUAGGUAUUUAGUACGGAGGGUGUUGAUUAACGGUUUACGGAUAGACGGGGAUGCGACGUCUGCCUGCCCGAAUGCCAAAGGAGGAUGACCAGGUGGUAUUGCAGCUGCAGUCGACAGAUUAUUCUUCUGCCACAACGCAUCAACCCAAUCAGGACAGACCGUCAGGCAUCGGUGAUUCUCCUCUCCCCAAGAACCAGGAAACGGGCCAAUCUGCACCCCACCGUGGAUGCGGCAGAUCGCCCUUUCAGUGGAGGAGUCGACCGUCUGAAGGAAGGGGGACAGACCGACGAAAAGGGAAUUAAAAUCACCGAUCUGCAAGGUGCGAGCAAGGCACCCCGUCGUUAUCCGACUGCACGGUACUAUUUCUAUGGCAGACUCUCUCUCGCCACAGACAGCCUCAUCCCAGCCACAGCGCACUACCAACCAACACACAGACCCUCUUGCUCUUCCUCUCCCUCACCUCAAGCGACAUUCCCGGACGCACCUCAUCCAUUCAUGAAAUGCAGCUCAUCCUUGAUUUCCCCCCCUCCUCAGGUCAUACUGCAGUUUAAGGCACGCAUGUACCGGUACCUCCGCUACCGCGACCAGACAACGCAAGACGGCCCUUCUGCACGCUCAGUCCCCCGGCCAGAGACCAGUCAGGAUGAAGAAUCCAGCCAAUUACGACGGCGGCGUCGAAUCACAGGCCUACUGUCUUGUCUCGGCGUCCUAGCUCCUCUCUGUGCUACUACGCCUGCAUGAUUAUCCUUUAAUUGAAGCUAAAUCCAAAUCGC